AUGUCGUUCAGACUGAGCACAGAGGAAAUCCUCAAGGUCAACAACAAGAUCAACACCUUCGUCAUCGUCCGCGCCGGAUCCCUCGACACCAAAGAUGUCGACCUCUUCGUGGUCAUCCCGCCGCCCGACACGCGGGAUCCCUCCCACCAGGCAGCAGUCGGCUCCAUGACACACCUCUGCCGCACCUGCCGCAGCGCGCUGGGUUACCUUUCCUACUACUUCGAGACCUGGGCCUCGGGCGGCGGCGGCGGCGGCGGCGCAGUCGAGGGCCUCCCCUCGGCCUGCCUGCUCCACGACGGCGCCGACACGCUGCAGCAGGGCGAGGACGAGAGCUGCCACCUGUGCGUGCUCCUCAUGUCGGACCUGCGCACCAAGAGGAUCAGCCUCGAGUCCGUCGGGCAGUCCAGGAUCGAGAUGUGCUGGAAGUCGGACGAGGCAUUGUCGCGCCUCCAUUUCGCGCUGACGCAUGGCGGUCACCCGCGCUCCACGGACAAUUACUGGAACUUCCUGAAGCUGCAGCUGUGGCCUUGCUCCGAGCACGGGACUGAACUCUUCACUGGUGCUGGGAAUGGGAGCGACGGCGGCCUUGAGCGGUCCAGCAGCACCAACUCGCAGCAGACUCGGGACCUGGCCGUCGAGUGGCUCAAUGUUUGUCUGGCCAACGAGGAUGGGAGCCAUGGCCAGUGCAACCAGGGUCAGGGAGACUGGCUUCCGACGCGUCUCUUGGAUGUCGCCUAUGCGCGUGAGACUGGGAAGCUCAGACUUGUUCUGCCCCAUGAGCACCCAGAAGAGUUUGUCUCGAGCAAGCAAUAUGUGACCCUCAGUCACUGCUGGGGUAAUUGGGGGGCCGUAACACUACCUAUCUUGACGAUUGAGAACUUGAGAGAAAGGCAGGACACCGGCUUGAACAUAUCGUUACUCCCAAAGACGUUCAAGGAGGCCUUGGAGGUUGCCGAGUGGUUCAAGUGCCGAUGGCUAUGGAUCGACUCCCUCUGCAUAAUCCAAGACAGCACCCAAGACUGGCAGCGCGAGGCCGUGAUGAUGUACAACGUCUACAAGACCGCCCUCCUAAACAUCUCAGCCGACGACUCCAAUGACGCCCGCUGGGGCUGCUUCCGCGACCGGGACCCCCUCGCCGUGCUGCCCAUGCGCCUCCGCCUGGCCCCAGCGUGGGAGGGGGAGGACGGUAGCAGCAACCCGGGUCAGGGUCACUGGCUGACCCCGGACUCGACGGGAAUUUUUGAAGCCGUCACGAAGGCCCCGCUUGCGAGGCGCGCCUGGGUGUUUCAGGAGAGGCAGCUGUCGCGGCGCGUCCUGCACUUCACGAGCAGGGAGGCCGUCUGGGAGUGCUGCGCCGGGGGCGCCUCCCAGUUCGCGUGCGAGACGUUCCCGCGCGGCUGCGCGGCGUUCCCGGUGCUAUUCGGCGGCCGGCCAAAAUAUCAAGGCCAGGGCCUGAGCGGCGGCGGUGGCGGAGCGGAGGGGAAGGAGGUCUAUGACACGUGGGACAUGCUGUGCCGGUCGUACUCGGAGAAGAAGCUCAGCCACGCCGGCGACAAGGCCGUGGCGCUGUCCGGCCUGGCCCGGGAGAUCCAGGUGCUGCUGCCCCGGGACGCGUACGUGGCCGGGAUGUGGAGGUCGCUGCUGCCCCAGAGCCUGCUCUGGAAGUCCGCUGACUCCAGCGGGCGUGUCGAUUCCGAGGGCUACGUUGCCCCCUCGUGGUCUUGGUUGUCCAUAGACGGGCCAAUCUCGGACUUCCCUCCCCACGGGACCUCCUCGCUCCCGGUCACGCAGGUGUUGGAUGUCACGGCAGACCCCGUGAUUCCUUCUGAGCCUACCGCGUCUCUCCGUGGGGCAUGUCUUGACCUGAGAUGCUACCUGCGACCCGUCGAGAUAAAGCCCGACUAUGAAGCGAAACCUUGGUACAUGCUGGCCGUCGGAGGAGCCAAGGACAAUAAGCUGGCAGUUGGCGACGGAGGUACGGAGGUGGGCUCCUACGAUCCGCCGGGCGACAAUAACACAUUUACCUAUUCAUUCGAUAUGCCUUUUACGGGGCAUUCUGGGCCAGAAUCUGUAUCGGCAUAUUUCCUACCGGUCUCCAUAGAUGGUCCCGAUGAGACUUACCCGACAAGAAUAAAUGGGCUACUGGUGGAACCCGUGGGCAGCGACCACACGACGUUCAAGAGGGUGGGCACCAUGAGCUGCCGCGGAACGCACUGCCUCCCGAUCUUGUAUAGGUCUCGUGACGUUGAUGGCAAGAUUACAGAGAAAGCAGGAUCCACAGACCAAUGGAACAAGUUGCGGAGUCUCCUCGGGGAAAGCUACGAUAGCUGGGAGAGUAUCAGGAGGGAUAGGUAUCGACGUCAAAUGAAAGCGGAGGAUAGUCCUAGUGCCCCUCCCGGUGACAGUAGCCCGCCUGGGGGCUCCAAGCUCAGUGAAGGGGAUCAACAGCCAGGAAUCACCGAAGUCGAGACAGAGAAUGACGGCGACCAGCCAACACCUUCUACACACGCAGAGGUGGACAAGGUGAGAGAAGGCAUGGGAGAUUUGCAUGUUUCAGGGGAAGACAAGCCCUUGGAGCCACCCCUGCCUGCAGUGAAUUGGGAAGGAUUCGAGCCGUUGGAAAGGUUAUACGCGUCCGACGGGGCGUUCAUAGGCAGCGAGUUGGAACAGCACUUCUCGAGAAUGGUGGCGAGGCAAAUCAGGCUGGUUUGA